CGUGGUAGUGGAGAAGGAGAAGGAGGAGGCGCAUCCCGGGCGCGAGGGAGCUGCGGAGGAGAGCAUGAGCGGCGGGGGACGCUGAGAGUCUCCUCCCUGCCUUGUUUGCUCGCGAGCUGCGGGGGAGGACAAAGAGCGAGCGGCCUCUUCCGCGUUGGUGCCGGCGCCAUGGGGGAGAGGCUCCGAGACCAAGCCGGCGUCUCCUCGGCGGCAGCUGCAGCGGCGGCCCCCACCUGCUCGCUGCAUAAUGGGCUGCUGCACAACGGCUUCCAUGGGCUGCCCAGCAAUGGAGAAGCUCCCCACCCGCUGCUCUUCCGACAAGACCCGCCUCUGCCCAGCCAGGGCUCCCCGACUAAGAAAUGCAGGACGCGCCGGAGGAUGGACUCGGGCAGAAAAAACAGGCCACCAUUCCCAUGGUUUGGCAUGGAUAUCGGUGGCACGCUUGUUAAAUUGGUCUACUUUGAACCUAAAGAUAUUACGGCCGAAGAAGAACAGGAGGAAGUGGAAAACCUGAAAAGCAUUAGGAAGUACUUGACUUCCAAUACAGCCUACGGCAAAACUGGGAUUCGAGACGUCCAUCUUGAACUGAAAAACUUGACUAUGUGUGGGCGGAAAGGGAACCUUCAUUUCAUCCGUUUUCCAAGCUGUGCUAUGCACAGGUUCAUACAGAUGGGUAGUGAAAAAAACUUCUCAAGCUUGCACACCACACUUUGUGCCACGGGAGGCGGAGCUUACAAGUUUGAAGAAGACUUUCGAAUGAUUGCUGACCUCCAGCUUCAUAAACUAGAUGAGUUGGACUGCUUGAUUCAGGGCUUGCUCUAUGUGGACUCUGUUGGUUUCAACGGCCAGCCGGAGUGCUAUUAUUUUGAAAACCCCACAGAUCCAGAACGGUGUCAGAAAAAGCCUUACUGUCUUGAUAAUCCUUUUCCUAUGUUGCUGGUUAACAUAGGCUCCGGGGUCAGCAUCUUAGCUGUGUAUUCCAAGGACAACUAUAAGAGAGUUACAGGGACCAGUCUUGGUGGUGGUACAUUCCUGGGCCUGUGUUGUUUACUGACUGGCUGCGAGACUUUUGAAGAAGCUCUGGAAAUGGCGGCUAAAGGAGACAGCACUAACGUUGAUAAACUGGUGAAGGAUAUUUAUGGAGGAGACUAUGAACGGUUCGGACUUCAAGGAUCGGCUGUAGCAUCAAGCUUUGGCAACAUGAUGAGCAAAGAAAAGCGAGAUUCCAUCAGUAAAGAGGACCUAGCAAGAGCAACCUUAGUCACCAUCACCAAUAACAUCGGUUCCAUCGCUCGGAUGUGCGCUCUGAAUGAGAACAUUGACAGGGUGGUGUUUGUUGGAAACUUCCUGAGAAUCAACAUGGUCGCCAUGAAGGUGCUUGCAUAUGCCAUGAACUACUGGUCAAAGGGACAACUCAAAGCUCUCUUUUUGGAACAUGAGGGCUAUUUUGGUGCUGUUGGGGCCCUUUUAGAAUUGCUUAAAAUGACAGAUGAUCAAUGAUGAAGCCCCCCAGGAGCCCAACGCCUGUGGAAGCUGCUGCAAGAAUGACAGCUGCUAGGAUGAUGGAAAGAAGCCAUGAUGGACACUCUUACCUGCUGGAUUUGUAAAUAAUAAUUUAAACUCCUUUUAGCUGAUCUUUUAACUUUCGGGUUGGACGUUAACUGCAGAAUUCUUACCAUGAAUCUAAACAAAAAAAAAAGAGAGGCAUUUUUAUCUGUAUAAAACAUUUUUUAAGACAAAAAAUGUGCAAUGUGGCCAAACAUGGCAGAUUUUUAUGGAUUGUGUUUUAAAAAAAAAAGGAUACUGUAUGGAAAAUGGACCUAAGAUAUGAGACACUGGUUUUAUUAUUAUUUUUUCUUCUGGGGUUUACUGAUCUAGUGUGAUAUAAUUAUUCAUUUAGUAAUUACUCUAGGAGAUUUUUUAUUAAAUCUUUCAUGACGUUUCAUGAUCGCUGUUGGUUUCAGAUGAAACUGCAAAACUGGCAUUUAGUGUGAACACUAAAGUAAUGAAUCUUGUUGCCUUCAUUUUUUUAUUAAACUAUGUUCCCAUCUUUCCUGAUUAUCUUUUUUUGACUGCUUAUGUUGGCAAUAACGAAAAGUGCUGUCAAAUGUGUCAUCAAAUACACUGAAAAUGGGAGGAAGACCUAAAGCUUUCCGGCUGCGCACCAUGUAUCUUUUGGAAACUCGCACACUGAGUUAACCAUUCCUUGUAGUGCUGGAUAUCCUUGUAGUAUUCUGAAUGGAAAACAUUACGUAUCGAGGGUGAAAAACAGGCCUGUUUCCCAUAUUCAGCAGAUGAAGUGGUGGACCUGUUUCUUACCUAACUGAAUGCUCCUCCGUACAAGGAAAAUAGAUUAUUUCUCUCUCAUGCCAACUUUCUACAUGCAGGGAUUUUUUUUCACCAUAUGGAGGAGCAUUUAAUCAUGUGAACCCUCGUGUGAAUUCUGCAAAUGGUACAAUCCAACAGGUUUUACCACCUGAUCUGCUGUUUGUUAGAACUAGGCUUUACUUAAAGACAUUUUUAGGAUGAUGAUAAAUACAUCUGUAGAUACAAGACAAGUAUUAUGAUAUAUGUUUGGUACGUUUCAGAAUGUCAGAUGGGUCAGAUCUUGUAUCAAGUAUUAAUGCAUACUAAUUAUUAGACAUUCUUACGGAUAUUUACCACAAGGAACAAACAACUUAGUGGUAUUAAGCAUUCAAAUUUUAAAAGUGAAUAACUACAUGCCCUGAUUGAUCAACUACAAAAUUAUGGACCUUGCAAAGAAGAGAUAUAUUUACUACGUUAUUUUCUACUUUGUUGACUUGCGUUGGAAGGCCAGUUCUAUUUUCACAAUAUGUAAAGGGUCUGUUGGGGGUGGGCGCACAGCAUUAGCUUUAGGGAGCGAACGUUUUCUCUAAUAAAUUUGAAUUCUUUGUUUGGAA